GGUGUUGGUUUGCUAGUAUUUUCAGACUGAUAAGAUACUUCAUAUUACUUCUGUGCUGUUUAGUUCAUUUAGUGUAACAUAGUUACCAUACUGUGUGUGUGUGUAUUAAGUGUGCUGAAAUUGGAAAUUUAGCUCUUUAUAUGGCUAGAGAAUUGUUUAUACGAGAACAGUGAUUAUCAUCAAACCUUUCAUGUAGACAAGAUCCAAACUAUCAAGUGGACAAUGAAUAAGAUAUUCAAACAUUCAACCUACGUCAUUUUAUUGUUUGUCUUGGUGAUGUCCUUGGCGCUGAAUAUUUGUUUGAUGCUCUUAGUCCAUUCAAAUCCUGACCAGCAAAUACAUGAGAAGCUUCAAGGUAUUAUCAAAAGAUCCCCGGAGAGCGGUGGCCAGAACGUUGAUCGACUAACCAAUGUGGAGUACAAAUCAGAUUUUGGUGACUUGAAGAGCACUGCUAAAUCCAACGCUAGUGAGCUGCCAGAGUUUCAGUUUCUGUGGGAGAUAUACCGUGACGAGCCGGAGGAAGACUAUCACAGCUAUGAAAACGAACAUUUUCAAGAGUUGAAUGAAUAUUCAGAAGAGCAAGACGAAUACUCAAGGGAGCUAGAUAAACACUCGUAUGAGCUUAAUGCUGAUUUGCAAGAGCUUAACGAGGACGAAGAUGAUAUCAACAAAUUUGAGAAUGAAGGCAGCUUUGAAAAAGACGCCAAAAGUGAAAACCUUUCUAAUGGCAACGAUGGCGAGAAUGGUGAUGAUGCUGGCUAUAGAAAUGAAGAUGGUGAUGAUGCUGGCUAUAGAAAUGAAGAUGGUGAUGAUGCUGGCUAUAGAAAUGAAGAUGGUGAUGAUGCUGGCUAUAGAAAUGAAGAUGGUGAUGAUUCUGGCUAUAUAAAUGAAGAUGGUGAUGAUGCUGGCUAUAGAAAUGAAUUUGGUGAUGAUUCUGGCUAUAGAAAUGAAGAUGGUGGAAAUGAGGAGGACAAUUUUGUGGAUGAAAACGAAACCUACGACCAGGACACUGACAUUAUUGAUUCUAAUUCACAAGAGUCUUACGACUAUGUAGAGGAGAUAGACAAGAGUGAGGAUGGUAAUAGCUUCGAAGAAGAGGCCGAAAUUGUAAAUGACUAUGAUAAUUCUGACGAGAUAGUUGAUAGUAAGGUGGAAACAAAUAAAGAUAGUAGAAAGUGGACACAGGAAGACGGCUUUGUUUUCGGCAUUGAUGGCAAGCGAAAAGAAAAUGUUGGCUUAGUUAAAACCACUGAAGCUGAUCUCGACAAUGUCAAUGAGGAAAAAGUCAACAAUAAAGAAAGUGACGAUGAAGAAAUGAAAAGAGAAUCAAUGACCAAUCUCUUACUAAAAUUUGGAACUUUUCAGCCUAUGCCGACUUUUAAGCAUAGACUGAAUGUAACUCUGGAGCAAUACAAAUCUGGGAUGUCCACUGGUAAUCCACUGAUUGACAACUACGGCGAGAACAACCUGAGUGACAGAGGAGAGAUGGGAAAUGCAGUGGUUCUCACCUCCGAGGAAGAGACACAGGCCGAGCAGAUGAUUGAGAUGAAUUUGAACACUGUGGCAAGUGACGUGGCAGCAUUGAACAGACUGGUGCCAGACUCAAGGUUACAGAACUGUGAUAAGCUUGUGUAUAACUUGCAGAGCCUACCAACAGCUUCUAUAAUAAUUCCAUUCCAUAAUGAGUGGCCGUCUCUCCUACUGAGGACGGUGUAUAGCGUGGUGAACAGAUCGCCCAGGCCACUGAUACAGGAAAUCAUUCUAGUGGACGAUGCCAGUACGUUAGGUCAGUUACAGAAGCCUUUAGAAGACUACAUUGAAGCCAACUUUCCCCAAGGAUUGGUGCGACUCAUACGUCACACUGAACGCCUUGGCUUGAUUAAAGCGCGCAUGAGCGGGUGCCGGGUAUCCAAAGGAGAUGUUCUGAUCUUCUUUGACAGUCACAUGGAAGUCAACAUUGAUUGGCUGCCGCCAUUGCUGUCGGAGAUCGCCAGAGAUAACACAGUGGUUGCUAUGGCAACACUGGACUACAUCCAAGCGGACGACCUCUCGUACAAGUUUUACAAGAACUAUUUGAUACGCUACGGCUGGAACUGGAGACUGGGUUUUUACGAGCUCUAUUUCAGAGAGGACCAGAUCGGACCUGACCCUAGGAAACCAAGACCGGGGCCCACAAUGGUCGGAGCCGCCUUCGCCAUUGACAAGAACUACUUUUUCCACCUUGGAGGUUAUGACGAAUCCAUGUCUGUGUGGGGCGGAGAGAACCUGGAGAUGGGCUGGAGAGUUUGGCAGUGCGGAGGUCGCCUUAUGCAUGUACCUUGUUCCAGAAUAGGUCACGUGCCCAGGAGUCAACCGUACAGCUUUCCUGGUGGGCGUGAACAAGUGGAACAUUUUAAUUACAAGAGAGCCAUCAGUGUUUGGAUGGGGAACUACUCCAGAUAUGUGUAUAGCAUCUUCCCUGAUAUGAAGACUCUAGACAUUGGAGAUAUAGCUGAUAGACUGGAACUCAAAUCAAGGCUCAAGUGUAAAGAAUUUGGCUGGUAUUUAGAAAAUAUCUGGCCAGAAUUGGCAAAAUAUGACGAGAAGGUGACAACAUGGGGCCAGGUAAAAAAUAAAGGCACUGGUCUAUGUAUGGACAAUAACAAUGAUCUGUACCAAGACCAGGUUCCACUAUACUUAAACACCUGUAAUGGUACCUUGGACUAUCAGGCUUUUGCUCUGACUCAAGACAAUCUUCUUCAAACUAGUCUAAGUUGUGUCGUCUGCCAAGAAGCCAAAGUGGGCAGCAGAGUCAAGAUGGAGGACUGCAUUAUUGGAUCACGCGAUCAGUGGAUUUACACCAGUGAACAUCAGCUUGUCCAUGAGCGCAGUCAACUGUGUAUUGACGUCAUGGCGAAUGAGCCAGUUAUGAGAACGUGUCGACCAGGAGCGGCCACACAGCUGUGGACCUUUCAUCCUUAUCACUUGUAGCAUUGAGCUCAUUGAAUUUGCUUUGAAAGAGAGUAAGAGGAGGGGAGAGGAAGGAAAGAGAGAGAGAAAGAAAUCAGAGAGAGAGAAAAGACAAAAGUGAGAAUGUAAAUAUAUAUAUAUAUAUAUAUAUUGUUAUAAACCUGGUGGUGGCACAGAUGGGGGUAGUGGUGUGUGUGUAGUCAGCCGACGCAAAUCGCCCCAGGCCAGCGCUAGACGAGCGGUCAACCGUGACGAGUUAUGACGGUCAGCCGAGUCGAGUGUCAACAGGACGGUUCGGGAAGGAUCGCCGUCGUGAACAGAGCUCAGGGGCGUCACGAGAGUUGUAGUCAUCUGACCACCUAGAAACGUCGAGCGGCGUUCUGUCCGGUUCGAGAAGGCCAGUAGGGACCCUAUAUAAGAGCGGAAGUGUCGCAGUCAAGACGGUUGAGAAAAGGGGCUCAAUACAGCAAGGUUCAGAAAGGAGGUUCACGACAGGGGUUCAGAACACGGUCGACUACAGCACAGUUCAGCGGUGUGGUUCUGUACGGAGCAUUACGACGGUUCAGUGCGGACUACUAUCAAGUACAGUUGAGACGAACGGAGUCUUGAUCUAGGUCUGUGAUCGAGUCCGACACAACGAGCCUAGUGUGUGAAGUCAGUCCUGAACUGUUGAACCCAGUGCAAGCCUGGCACGAGACGGAGAAGCCAGUGCUAGAGUUGGUACGUCGGUACGGCUAUAAACGGAAAGAUAUUUGUUAUCGGAGAGCUAUUUGUACUGUUCUACGUGCUGCCAAUUGUACAGUAUUGGCUGUUAUUUAUGGACAUUAAACCUUUACGUUAUUUUGGA